AAUUGAUGCUGUCCCGGGUUGUAUGCCGCAUGUUUACUCUGUAGAGGAACAGCAAAGGAUUGAGGACUGAAUGUUUGACCAUGAAAUUGCAUACGUGCUAACUAUUGAUACCAUGAACCGUUCAACAUAUCCUCUGGUCACAUCGGACUUUGCAGAUAUCCCGGUGCCCUGUAUAUAUGAAGCCUCCUAUGCCGCAAGCGCUGCUAUCCUAUCGAGCACACAGCGCACGCGCUAUCCCCACCGAGGCAGCACCUGUCUAAUAACUAUUCAUAUAACCCUCUCUCCGGCCUUGGUAUCCCUCCACUUGAAACUCGUGACUCUUUCGUUGCAGAGGAAUGAAAUCUUCCCGGGUGAGGAACUAUCGGUCUGUCACAUCCGGAAAGCUGCAUUUCGCGUGGCGCCAACGGAUACGAGUAGGUGUUUCUACGGUGAGUAUGUCGAAUUAGACAUGGCUGUAUGUAAGCCAGUGUGCCUCUGUACUACUUCGAUUGAAGUGCAUACAGAUCUAUGUAGUGGAUGAUGUCAGGUAUCGCGUUACUAUCGGUACGAUAGAUUACAGUAUGCCGGAGGAUGUCGUCUGAGUUGGCAGUGUCUUUGUUCCG